CUGAGACGUCGACGGCGACCCGGGGCGCGUCGGGUGGACGUGCAGGAUCCGCGCGGCUCGCCGCGCCGGCCCUUGCGGACGCCCGGGCAUCUUUUCGGGGCAGUGCCCUGCGCCGGCGAGGAUGCGGCUGUUCCACCGGCUGCUCAAGCAGCCCGUGCCCAAGCAGAUCGAGCGCUACUCGCGCUUCUCGCCAUCACCGCUCUCCAUCAAACAGUUCCUGGACUUCGGGAGAGAUAAUGCAUGUGAGAAAACUUCCUAUAUGUUUCUACGGAAGGAGCUUCCUGUGCGGCUGGCUAACACCAUGAGAGAAGUUAAUCUUCUGCCGGAUAACUUGCUGAACCGCCCUUCAGUGGGCCUCGUUCAGAGUUGGUAUAUGCAGAGUUUUCUUGAACUUUUGGAGUAUGAAAAUAAGAGCCCUGAGGAUCCGCAGGUCUUGGAUAACUUUCUGCAAGUUCUGAUUAAAGUCAGAAACAGACACAAUGACGUGGUUCCUACGAUGGCCCAAGGAGUGAUUGAAUACAAGGAGAAGUUUGGCUUUGAUCCCUUCAUUAGCAGCAACAUCCAGUAUUUUUUGGAUCGCUUUUAUACCAAUCGCAUCUCUUUCCGCAUGCUUAUUAACCAGCACACACUUUUGUUUGGUGGUGACAUUAAUCCUGCUCAUCCUAAACACAUCGGAAGUAUUGAUCCCACCUGUAACGUGGCUGAUGUGGUAAAAGAUGCAUAUGAGACAGCCAAGAUGCUGUGUGAACAGUAUUACCUGGUAGCUCCAGAACUGGAAGUUGAAGAAUUCAAUGCCAAAGCACCAGACAAACCUAUUCAGGUAGUCUAUGUGCCCUCACAUCUGUUUCACAUGCUAUUUGAGUUGUUCAAGAACUCAAUGAGGGCAACAGUCGAACUCUAUGAAGAUAGAAAAGAGGGCUACCCAGCUGUCAAAACCCUUGUUACUUUGGGUAAAGAAGAUUUGUCCAUUAAGAUAAGUGACCUAGGCGGUGGAGUCCCACUUCGAAAAAUAGAUCGUCUUUUUAACUACAUGUAUUCAACAGCUCCUAGACCCAGCCUGGAACCCACAAGAGCCGCCCCUUUGGCUGGAUUUGGCUACGGUUUGCCGAUUUCUCGUCUAUAUGCUAGAUAUUUUCAGGGAGACCUAAAACUGUAUUCCAUGGAAGGAGUGGGUACUGAUGCUGUCAUUUAUUUAAAGGCUCUUUCAAGUGAGUCCUUUGAGAGAUUGCCGGUGUUCAAUAAGUCUGCAUGGCGCCAUUACAAGACCACGCCUGAAGCUGAUGAUUGGAGCAAUCCCAGCAGGGAACCCAGAGAUGCGUCAAAAUAUAAAGCUAAACAGGACAAGAUCAAGACUAAUAGAACUUUCUAGAGACCCGAAUUCUUUGGUCCCAUCUGUGAAGAAUGUCUUCUGCAAGUCAACCAGAGAGAACUUCUUUCUUCUACCAACUCUGAGUGUGGCACCAUAGCUAUUCCCAGUGCUUUAAUGUAUGUUUUCCUCUGUGCAAGGUAGACCUUUCAUGGAGUCUUUCCUGUAGCUACUCCACAUUUUCCACUGAAGUCAUGACUUGCUUAAUUUUUUGUAAUAUCUUGCUUUGGUGUGAUUGACACCUGUCACAAAUGAGCACAGUGCCUCCUUUGAGCUUGCUGCCCUCCUACUCUCCAUCUCAUUCUUAGAGUGUCCCAAGUCUACAGCCUCCCCAGAAAAUGAGCUUCUUCCCUAGUCCAUAUACAGCAGAACCUACUGCUGUUCUUUGUGACCAAAUAGCAGAUUUAGUACCUCUAACUAGGACCUAGGGAAUUUAGAAGUGGAAGACAUCCACUGAACUUGUCUUGAUAAAUCAGUCCUAGGCCCCUCAUGCCACUCUCAAUUUCAGGCUUCUCCUUCUUCCAGCUCUUCAUAUUCUCACUGUGAGAUGUGGUACUUGCGUGUUAGACCUUACAGAUGCAUUGAUUUUAUUUCAAAAGUAUUAUGUAUAUUUCCAUUCUGUUGAUUAAAGUAUUCCAAAAGUUGUCUUGAAA